GUCAAAAUGGAGGAGCCCAGCAUUGAGGAGCUCGUCGAUGCUGGCCUUGGCCACGAGGAGGCGCGAUCUUUCCACUGGAAGCUCAAUCAAUCGCUGCGAGCAUCCGGUGAGUCUCCGUCGAGCAUCUGGAGGUCGCUAUCAAAGAAUGUGCUCGCUCCAUCGCAUCCAUUUCGGCUCCAUCAGCUCCUCUAUCACUCUUGCUACAAAAAUUGGGACUCUGCGAGGCUUGGUCCGCCUCCAGUGUGGAUUCCCUCCUUAGCCCAGGCAAAAUCCACGAAUUUGGGAAGAACGAUGGACACUUACGGCAGAGAUCUCUUCGGCUGUUCUUUCUUUGAUCCGAUCACGAACUUCGCCGAGUUCCAGCGAUUCUCGGUUGAAAAUCCAGACGUUUAUUGGAGGAUUGUUCUCCAGGAGCUUGAGAUUCCUUUCGUGGAGCAACCUUCGCGAAUCUUAGACAUGGAAAGAAAUGAGAUUGAUGGUGAGCCAUGUCCCGGGGGUCAAUGGCUUUGUGAAGCUACGCUCAAUGCCGCGGAAUGCUGUUUCCAAGAGAGCCGAUGUAGAAAAGCUUUCAACACUGCCAUUCUUUGGAGAGACGAAGGUAACGACACAGGUUUGAAUUCACUCACACUAAGCGAACUCCGAUCACAAUCCUGUAGAGUGGCAAACUCUUUGGAACGAUUGGGUUUCUCAAGUGGCGAUGCUGUUGCUAUCAACAUGCCAAUGACUCCAGUGUCAGUCGUUGUCUAUCUCGGGAUUGUGCUUUGCGGAUGCGUGGUUGUCUCCAUUGCUGACAGCUUCUCUUCCUCGGAAAUCGAGACCAGGCUAAACAUUUCCAAAGCAAAAGCGAUCUUCACUCAGGAUGUUAUUGUUCGAGGAGGGAAAGAUCUUGCUUUGUAUACUCGAGUUGUGGACGCCAACGCUCCUCGAGCUUUUGUAAUUCCUGGAAAGGCGGGGGCUUUGACAGUGGAACUUCGCAGCAACGAUAUGUCAUGGGAUGAGUUCUUGGCAGUGUCCACGGGCCUUGCUCGGCCACAGGAGUAUAAAGGCGUUGCUCAGUCAGGCGAAGCGUUUUCAAACAUUCUGUUUUCCUCGGGUACCACAGGUGAUCCGAAAGCUAUACCUUGGACGCAUUUAACACCAAUCAAGGCUGCUGCGGAUGGCUGGGCACAUCAGGAUAUACGAAGUCGUGAUGUUGUUUCUUGGCCAACGAACUUGGGGUGGAUGAUGGGGCCUUGGCUCGUUUAUGCGACUCUUGUUAACGGUGCUACUAUAGCUCUCUACAACGGGUCCCCUCUAGGCCGUGGCUUUGCAAAGUUCGUCCAAGACGCUAAAGUAACAAUGCUGGGUGUUGUGCCUAGCAUUGUCAGACAUUGGAAGACAACAAAGUGCCUGGAUGAUAUUGACCUCUCACAUAUAAGAUGUUUUAGCUCAACCGGCGAGGCAUCGACAGUAGACGAUUACCUUUGGCUCAUGAGCAAGGCUUCUUACAAGCCUGUCAUUGAAUAUUGCGGGGGUACUGAAAUCGGUGGCGGCUUUGUCACGGGCUCACUUCUGCAACCUCAAGCACUAGCGAGUUUUAGCACUCCUGCCAUGGGAUGUGAUGUUUUCAUUCUGGACGAAGCCGGAAUUCCUCUGCCAAGCGAAAUGCCUGGUAUCGGUGAAUGUGCUCUUGAUUCUUCGAUGCUAGGAGCUUCACGCAUCUUACUGAAUGCCAACCAUUUCAACAUCUACUUCAAAGGAAUGCCAAAACACAAUGGAAAGACGUUACGGAGACAUGGAGACGAGUUCGAGCGUACGCCAGGAGGCUUUUACAAAGCCCAUGGCAGAGUGGACGAUACAAUGAACCUGGGAGGCAUCAAAGUGAGCUCCGUUGAAAUCGAGCGCAUUUGCAACGCAGCAGAUCAGAGAGUCCUGGAGACCGCCGCAAUCGGUGUCUCUCCAACCGGAGGUGGGCCGGAAAAACUUUGCGUAAUUGCCGUUCUCAAAGCCGAAGUGACCGACAAAACUGACAUUUCUUCCGAGCUCAAGCUAAGAUUCAACGCUGCCAUCCAACGAAAACUAAAUCCUCUGUUCAAGGUUGAUUCAGUAGAAAUCGCUGGUUCCCUUCCUAGAACAGCUUCAAACAAGGUGAUGCGAAGAACUCUUCGAAGCCAAUCCACUAAACGCACGUCAUUGUUAUAAGAGAAGGACGAACUCAAAGAAAGUGGCGCCAAGGAGACGAAUAUGCGAAUGCAUCUCCUGUGAGGAAUAUACAUUUAACAUCUGGCAUGCUUUGCUAGGGGCUA